CCCUGACAGGAAAUGGGCUGGAGGCUCAGCCUCCCGCCAUCUCGAGGCAACUUCUUGUUUCCCUCUUGCCCUGUGCCAGCCCUGGGGUUGUGCCCCUUGGCUCCACCCCCAAAACCUUCCCGGGGCUCUGUCCCAGCAGCUCAGAGGGGACAGGAUGGUGGACAUGAUAGCCAAGCUGACCAGAAGGCAGAGUCGGGCCCUGCGGGUACAGGUGGACGAGCCCCCGGAGCCCGUGUACGCCAACGUAGAGAGACAGCCUUCGGUCACUUCACCGGGCCCGGCCGCGGCCCCCGGCCCUGGCCCGGCGUGGGAGACGCACACGGACGCGGACACCGGGCGCCCCUACUACUACAACCCAGAUACGGGCGUCACCACCUGGGAGUCGCCCUUCGAGGCUGCCGAGGGUGCCGCCAGCCCGGCCACCUCCCCGGCCUCGGUGAGCAGCCGCGAGAGCCUCGAGACCGAGUGGGGCCAGUACUGGGAUGAGGAGAGCCGCAGAGUGUUUUUCUACAACCCGCUGACGGGAGAGACGGCCUGGGAGGACGAGCCCGAGGACGAGGACGAGCCCGAGGACGAGCUGGAGAUGCAGCCGGGCCUGAGCCCCGCCAGCCCCAGGGACCAGAGGCCUCCCACUCCCGAGACUGACUACCCGGAGUCGCUGACCAGUUACCCCGAGGAGGACUAUUCCCCCGUGGGCUCCUUCAGUGAGCCCGCGCCCACCUCUCCCUUGGCCACGCCCCCCGGCUGGUCUUGCCACGUUGGCCUGGACGGGCAGACGCUCUACACCAACAACUUCACUCAAGAGCAGUGGGUGAGAUUGGAGGACCAACACGGGAAGCCCUACUUCUACAACCCAGAGGAUGCCUCCGUUCAGUGGGAGCUGCCCCAGGUCCCUGUCCCUGCCCCUCGAACCAUCCGCAAAUCCAGCCAAGACAGUGAGACCCCAGCUCAGGCCAGCCCCCCUGAGGAGAAGAUCAAAACCUUGGACAAGGCAGGCGUGCUCCAUCGCACCAAGAUGGUGGACAAGGGAAAGCGGCUCCGGAAGAAGCACUGGAGUGCCUCCUGGACAGUGCUGGAGGGCGGCGUCCUGACUUUCUUCAAGGACUCAAAGACCUCAGCUGCAGGCGGCCUGAGGCAGCCUUCCAAGCUCUCCACCCCUGAGUACACCGUGGAGCUGAAGGGAGCCUCUCUCGCCUGGGCCGCCAAAGACAAAUCCAGCAAGAAGAAUGUGCUGGAGCUGCGGAGCCGAGAUGGCUCAGAGUACCUGAUCCAGCAUGACUCCGAGGCCAUCAUCAGCGCCUGGCACAAGGCCAUCACCCAGGGCAUCCAGGAGCUGUCCGCAGACCUGCCCCCGGAGGAGGAAAGCGAGAGCAGCAGCGUGGACUUCGGGUCCAGCGAGCGCCUGGGAAGCUGGCGGGAGGAUGAGGCACGGCCCGGUUCAGCCGCGCCCCACGCGGGCCUGGAGAGUGACCUGAGCAAGGUCCGGUACAAGCUCCGCAAGUUCCUCCUGAGGCGGCCCACGCUGCAGUCGCUGCGGGAGAAGGGCUACAUCAAAGACCAGGUGUUCGGCUGCGCGCUGGCCGCGCUGUGUGAGCGCGAGCGGAGCCAGGUGCCGCGCUUCGUGCAGCAGUGCAUCUUCGCCGUCGAGGCCCGGGGGCUGGACAUCGACGGGCUGUACCGCAUCAGUGGGAACCUGGCCACCAUCCAGAAGCUGCGCCAUAGGGUGGACCACGAUGAGCGUCUGGACCUGAACGACGGCCGCUGGGAGGAUGUCCACGUUAUCACCGGCGCCCUGAAGCUCUUCUUUCGAGAGCUGCCCGAGCCCCUUUUCCCCUUCUCGCACUUCCGCCAGUUCAUCGCGGCCAUCAAGCUGCAGGACCAGGCCCAGCGCAGCCGCUGCGUGCGGGACUUGGUGCGCUCGCUGCCCGCCCCCAAUCACGACACGCUGCGGGUGCUCUUCCGGCACCUGUGCCGGGUGAUCGAGCACGGCGAACAGAACCGCAUGUCGGUGCAGAGCGUGGCCAUCGUGUUCGGGCCCACGCUGCUGCGGCCGGAGACGGAGGAAACCAGCAUGCCCAUGACCAUGGUGUUCCAGAACCAGGUGGUGGAGCUCAUCCUGCAGCAGUGCUCAGACAUCUUCCCGCCGCACUGACCGCGGCCCUACCCCGCCCACGCUGCUGGCGCUGCGGCCCCGGGACUGGGAGCGGCGGUGGUCCUGCCACAGAAGCUGGGCGGCUGGAGGCCGCGCGGCUGGACUCUUAUCUCCGAGACCCUCCGCCUGCUACGUCCGCAGACGGGUGUGAAUUCUGCGCCCCUCGGUGCAGUAUGGUGACCCCUGAUGGGCAGUUCGCAAAAUGUGAUUUUUCUCCC